GGUUUAACUUCCUUGGCGAAGUGGUAGAGUCUUUCCUAUAAAAGUUUGUUGUUUAUCUAUUUGAUAAGUUAGUUAAAAUUAGUCUUAUUGCAUAAUUUGUAUGAGUAAAUAAUAUUAAUCAUUGUUUAAAAUUAAGUUCUUACUAGUUUUUGUCUCUGAAUACUGUGCUACAGAACGUUUUAUUGAAAGUCAUCUUUAUAUAGCUAAGUUAAAAUAUCACAAUUUUUUUUGUUUUGUUUUGUUUUUUUUUUUUUCAUCGUGAACUAGUUAAGAUUCUCACUAUUACUUUAUCCGUCCCUUAAUUAGAUUUCUACUUCUCUCUAUUAUGUGAGGAAUAAAUGUUAGAACUAGAAAUUUGAUUAAGGGACGGAGGAAGUAGGAUUUUGACAAAGUUGAAAGUUUCCAAACUACAUCUAAAAAUGGACUAUUAUUACUUGUAUAAUAUAUAACUAACAUUAUUGUCUACAUUGACUUGACCCAUCCCAAAUUAAAUUUGGUAGAAAUUUCUAACUAAUUGCUUACUUGUGAAGUUGUGAACAUCAGCUCUAUAUAUUUGUUUAAGUACUCACCCAAAUGUCCCAUCAUUUCUCACAUCUACAAUUCUCCAUUCAUACACUCUCCUCCAACUUACUAUAUAUAUGUUCUCAACCUUCACUAUAAAAUUCAAAUAAAAUCCACAAUGAUGAUUUAGGUUAUCCGUCUUAAAUCUCCAUCUUAUUUUCUUUCCUAGCAUCGAAAAAAAUACUUCCUCCGUUUUUUUUUUUUUUAAAAUGGCAGAUUGGUCGGAACUCCCUUCAGAGCUCCUAGAGCUUAUUUCUAACCUCUCAAACACUUGCUCCAACACUCGCCAAUUUCGUUCCGUUUGCUCUUAUUGGCGUUCUUCUGUUCGUGGCAAACCAACCGCCAAUUUUUAUUACUCUCCAACUAUUAAAUUCUUGGGCUCUAAAGCCCACGACUUUGACCUUCGACUCAUCAGACAAACUACCUACAUCAUUUCUCUCUUGUCUGACCCCAACUCUUGUUGGGUGAUCAAGACAGAGGAACAUAAGCCAGGGGUGUUACGCCUCUUGAGCCCGUUUUCGAAGAGCGAUUCCAUUAAACCCUUAGAUCACAACAUUUUAGACCUUAGUAAUGUUAACACCUUUGAAAUUGGUCACGAGUAUGUUCUUCGUAAUAUUAGCGGGAAUGAUCGAGUGAUGAAUUUGUACAAUAUGGAGUAUGAGAAAGUAGCGUUUGCUACUAUUGGAGGAAAUGACUCUUUUGUCCUUUUGUCUACUCAAAAUUCCACGGGUAAAUUGUUAAUGUACCGGUCUAAUACCCAAGAAUGGGCGCUUUUGGACGAUUUUGCCCUUGGGUUUGAUGAUACGAGCGAGUUCGUUUAUGAUAUGUCGAUGAGAUAUGUUGAUGUGGCGGAAUAUGAAGGGAAGUUCUAUGCUGUGACCGAUUCAGGUCGAACUGUUGUCAUUGAGUAUGGCGGCGAGGAUGAGAUUUUGGUUGAGGUCGACUUAAUGGUAAAGUCAAUCAUUGGAGGGAAUAAAAAAUAUUUGGUAAAAUCAGGCGAUGAUUUACUGUUAGUAGACUUGUACACCUCUUCAGACAAAGGAUCAUGUGACGUCUAUGCAAUCGAUGUUUUUAAAUUGGAUAAGGAGGACAAAAAAUGGGUCUUGCUUAAAUGUUUAGGGGGUCAUUCGAUAUUUCUAAGCAACUACUCUUCAUUUUCUACUACUAGCACUAGUUUGCAUGGUCUUAAGGAAAAUUGCAUAUAUUUUUUCUUGAAUAAUUUAGGAAGAGAUUUUUCAGAGAAAAAGCAAGGGAAUAUAGAGGAUAUUGAUGGCGUAGAAAGUGGUGGAAUUGGUGUUUUUAAUUAUGAGAUGGGGACGUUUGAGUCAUUGGAAGAAAACAUUGAAAAUUCAAAGUUCUGUUGGCCCCCUCCUUCUUGGGUCAAUUUUGUAAAGUAAAUUAUAAUGUAUUAGUGUCUUGUUUGUUUAAACUUUCACUUCACCUUCUAUGGACAUCUUAAUUUUCAAUCUAUUUUUAUCUUCUAUAAUUUUUUUUAGCAGCGGAUUUAUUAAUUUUCUAUAUUUAAUCAUCUCGUUCCAUAGUAAUUGUGACAUUUCUUUUGUAAUGUUUGCUAAUGCAUGAUUUAAACCUUAAUAUU